AUCCAAUGCGCUGGGCGGCGGCCGAGUGCGGUCAAACCGCCCGUGGACUCCGCCCCAUCCUUGCCCAUUUCACCGCUCCCACCGCUUUCUCCCCUCCUCUCUCCGCCUCUAUUUAUACUUCCCCGCCCACUCCUCUGGAGAGCCAACGACUCACUCGUCUUCAUCUAUUUCUCCAUCGAUCGUAAGCGCUCGAGAAUCACAUACAACGAUGGCUCCCAGAGUUUCCAACCCAGGUGGCGAGGGAGGCCAUGGCGCGGUCGUCGGCGGAGAUGGAGACUGGAAGGGAACGCGCUACCGUGGCGUCCGGAAGCGGCCAUGGGGCCGGUACGCGGCGGAGAUCCGGGAUCCAGCCAAGAAGUGCCGCGUCUGGCUCGGCACCUUCGACACCGCCGAGGAGGCCGCGCGCGCCUACGACGCCGCCGCUCUCAGGUUCCGCGGCCCCAAGGCCAAGACCAACUUCCCUUGCCCCGUCGACCCCGCCGCCGCCGUCGCAGCAGCCCCAGCCGGAUUCGGUUCCAUAGCGGCGGCUCCCGCCAGCACCAGCAGCAGCACCGUGGAGUCGUCUACCCCGUCGAGGCAGCGGGCCGCCAGACACCCACCUCUGGAUCUCGACCCCGGGCAACCGUCCGCCCGGUUCCUCUUCCCGCACGCCGCUGCGGCGGUGGCAGCAUGCCCGCGUCCGCUGGUGCUCUUUGAUCCGAUCGCCGCUUCAACGAAGGCUGCAGCGGCGGCAAAGGCUGUUCGGCCAGCGAUGGUGAAGGUGUUUCGGAGUCUCAGCGGGGUCGAGAGUGACUCAGACUCGUCGUCGGUGGUUGAUUGUCCUUGCUCGCCAUCGGCCUCGCCGAAGGGGAGGGUUCGCUUCGAUUUGGAUCUCAACAUGCCUCCUCCGCCGGAGGUUGCCUGAUCCAAACGCCCGGAAACUAUUAUAGUUUCUUUGUAAAUAUAUGCAUCUUUUUUUCCUUUUGACAACAUAGCAUUGGUUUUGCUGAUCCAAAUAAAUCUAAUUUGUCUUUCUUUAUAACAAAUAA